GUCUGACAUUUACGCUUGUCGCGUAUCGUAUUCAAAUUGGUUUCAUGGUUUGGUUGGUCAUAUUCGGCUAUCACCUGAUAUUAAUUUACACCUAAUAAUUUAAUUUAUUACCUUAUCAGGCUAUAAUACGAGUGAUUUUAACAAAAAGUGAGUGUGUGUAAAUUAAGCAUUUAAAUCAAGGUGAUCAAAAAUGGUUGAAGCAGGUUUCCCGGGUCAGCACACGACGACGACGACAGUGACGUCCAGCACCACGGUGCAGACCAACAUACGGUUCGACCGCUCCUACAUAACCACCAUCCCAGGGAUACUCAAGAUAGUACAAGUUCUAUGCAGUCUCCUCGGGUUCAUAUGCAUCCAGUGCUCGCGCCUCAGCAGCUGGAGUAAAGGCUCCUUCUUCAGCUGGAUCUCUAUGAUCGCCUUCUGGUUCACCGGGAUCCUACUCGGCCUGUACCUGUUCCACAUCCUGGAGAAGUUCUACAAGAUCCCUUGGCUGAAGAUUGAGUUCCUGUUCUGCGCGAUCUGGACCCUCUUGUACCUGAUUGCUUCUAUUCUGGCAACGACUGUCCAUGAUAACCCUCAUUCUGCCGCUGCGUUCUUCGGUUUCGUGGCGAUGUUGGCGUAUCUGGUGGACGCAUACCUAAAGUUUAAGGCGGUGCGCGACGGUGGUCUGGCCCAGGGCUCCCGUGUUGUCUCCAAGCAGACCUCCACCGUCGAGUCACCUCCACCCCGGAUCGGCUACUAAGGAGGCUCACACACUAGUCCUGCAAGUCAUCAGCCGGGAAGUAUAAACGUGCUCAUGUGUAGAUAGUCUUUAAGUUGAAACUUGUACUUACUUUAUACAUUGCUUAGAGUUCUUCGAAUUGCUCGCAUACAUUUUAGAAAAGUUCUCGCAAAUUAAAAGACAUUCAAUUGGCACUGUAUUGCACUGUUAGUCGUUAAGUGUUGCGACGACAUUUGUAAAUAUUAUUGAGCAAGGAACUUAACACAUAUUAUUGCCAUUAUGAAAUGUUUGUUGCCAGCAAAUAAGUUCCACGUUCUCAGCUCAAAUUAAAAAUGCAUUUUAGUCUGUGGUCACAAUAUAAGCGCAAUAACUUUCUCUGGUCUGUAUGUCAGCUAUUUGUUUAAGCUGUAUUAUUUAGAUUAAGCCUGAACAAAAAUCAUGUACUUACAAUCAAAUGUUUAGCAGUAUUUUAUAAUUUUACAAUUACUAUCGCACUUAUGUCGUCGAGAUAAGAAUGCAUAUCAAAUAACUUUAUAACAAUAAUUUCAAAUUGUUUUAUAAAUAUUUAUUAAUGAUCACGAUCACAAUGUACUAUGGACUCCUAUUUAUUAUUGAUUUGUAUUAUAAUAACUAAAAUUGGGGUGUUAACUUUAUAACCAAAGAAUAUGUACCUAUCUACAGGGUGUGACGGCUCAAGGGGUGAUCUGAAAAAAUGUAAGCAUGACACAUUUUGACAAGCUUUUAUUUUUAUGUAUAUUUUUUAUAUUUAAUACUUUUUAUUCACCUAUAAGCCUUAUAUGACAUGGACAAAUAAUAUUAAUUUGUAUGUACUUUAUAAGCAUAUUAAGUAAAUAUGUAUUAUAUUUGUAAACGUCCAGAUGUAACUUUAAAAUGAGCCUUAAGCACUGUGCCUUGUGUUCAUAAGUAUUCUAUUUACAUAGAUUAUGCACUAUUUUAUUAAUUAACUUUUCAGUAUUUUGUAUCAACACGCGAAGUAUUUACAAGUCACUUUUGACAGUAUUUAAAAACGUUCUAGAAUUUUAUUAUUUUUUAAAAUGGCGUACCUAAUCAUGUACCUUAUGGCCAGUCUCAUUUUGACAGCACUGCCAACUAUGACGUCAUGAUCGUGUAACAUAGUAACUACUCAUUUGUUUCUUGCAUUUAAAACUUUUAAGGUGAGCGUCCACAGGCCCGCAUCGUACGCAUUCCGUAUGACGUCAUCAGUACGCAUUGCCGACGAGCAGUCCGUACGAUGCGAAUAUAAGUUUCUAUACAAGACAAACUAAAAUGCGUUGCGUGCGAUGCGUAUGAUGCGGUCCUGUUGACGCUUACCUUUACUUGCCUACAAUGAAUUUGACUAGUCAUUUUAUUUUUUCGAUGUCGAAAUGAAUGCUUGAAGCUUAUAAUGGUACAUAAUUAGGUAGGCCAUAGCCACAGAAAUCACUUUUAUUAAUGUAUUCACUCAUUUUUGUGUCAAUUAAUGUUUUAUUUUAGUAGUUAAGUUUAAAUUAACCACCUGACUAAUUCAAGUUAUCUAUCAGGUACAUAUGUAUACUAUUUUCUUUAUACAUAUUUACUAAUUUAAGUUUUAACUAAGAAUUUAAUAAUGAACUUUACAUUUUUAACUUCGAACUAAUUAAGUUUAGUAAUGCAAUUUAAUAUAGUUUUAAAAGUAUAUCAAUUUUAAUAUAUUUACAACGAAAUAAAUGGAUGAUAUCGGGUCAAUGCAAUACGGUUUUUACAAUAUUUUAUUCAGAGGGCUUAGUAUUACUUUCUUUCAUGUUUCGUACCGUGAUUAACACGAUUAUGACGUUCGGCGCUUUGAUUGGCCUGCUUCAAUGAAACAACCAAUCAGAAGCCUAAACGCGGUUUCGUUUCGAUCUGGUUAAACAUAAAACUCGUAUACUAGGCCCUCAGAUCAACUAAUUAUUAUUUUGGAAAUGAAAUGAAAUGAAUUCUGCAAUAUUAACAUUUUAUAUUCUCCUAUUUUAAAACUAUUUCUGACUUCUAAUAAAUAGUUAAUAAGCACUUGUUACUAGACAUAAGUUAUCAAUUUUUUAUUAUCAUUUUCUAGUUAUUUGUUUCGUCUAAAAAUAAUCAUGGCUAACAGAUACCGUUAUGUAUUUUUAUGUAUAAAUAAAUAGUAUUUCUUAAGUAUUGCUGCCAUACUUGUAUUAUAAAUAUAAUAUGCUUGAAUUUAUAAAAUGAAAUAAUAUUUUUACUAAUUACUUUGUAAAGCACAGUCGCACUUAACAACCUUAUACCUCUUUAUUAAAAUAUAGAAAAUACUCAGUAUAUGUAACAGAAUUUUUGACAUUUAAAAUCGAUUAUUUUUUAAUUCAUAUCUCUUAGGGUGCUACCACACCAAUCAAUCGGAGUCAUCUAUCGACAUUGAUCGUUUGGUGUAGUAGCUUUAAUUGAGCGACGGAUACCGGUCGACUAAGCAAUCUAUUGAUGGUCGAUCGGCUAUGUUUCAUCAAAAGAGGACGUUCUGUUGUUGGCCAGUGCAAUAUUACUCGUAGUAUUACUACUCUGGAGGCCACAACAGUUUUAAAGUGUGGUCUGGUAGAAACUGUCAGUCGACGUCGAUUAAUCCAUUCUACCACUGGUCGAUGGCAUCGAUCGAUUGGUGUGAUAACUCCCUUACUAUAUUCCAUCAUAGAUUUUUAUGAAUUAAAAAAUAUCAAUUGACCAUUUCUAUGCAUUUCUUGAAACUACUGUUCCAUAACAAAUAUUUUCUAUAAACAAUGUAUUUUAUUAUAAUAAUGGUGCCUUACGAAACUCCUGUACCUAUUUUGUAAAUAUUUUUAACAUAAUCAUAUCUCAGAUCAAUUUAUAUUUAUAUAUAGGAUGGAAGUGACCUGCAUUCAUGUAUAAAUAUAAUAAUAAAUCACAUAUUUUCUGAUAUACAGAUAAAUAAUUAUAUGUAAUAAUCAAAUUGCCUUCACGGUCACUUGUAUAUUUUGUUAUGCAAAACGUUUUACAGUUUUUCAUAGAUAACUAUAAAUAUUUUAUCAAUCAACGCUUUGUAUUAAAACUGUUACUAAAUAUAUUUCGAGAUUAAAUGUGUUAAUUAUUA